UCGUCUUCAAGAAGAGACGAGCGGCGCGAAGAUCUCUCUCUCUCUCUCUCUCUCUCUCUCUCCCCCCCGGAAACAACUCGCGGUAAACCCUAGCUCUCGAUCGACUUUCUCCUUCCUCCUUUAUGGAGGGUUUCAUCCUCUUCCUCCUCGCACUGGAUCGUGCCCGAGGCUAGCUAGGGUUUGCGAGAGGGAAGGGGAGGGGGAGAUGGUGGCGACAAUGGCGGCGAGUUGGAGCGACCGCGCGGCAAGCCUCCUCGACGCGGCGAGGUCGCCCGGGGAGGUGACCUCGCAGCUGCGGCGGCUGCGGCAGUUGAAGGAGGUGGUGUUGCACAGAGACCCGACGCUUCUCCCCGAGUUCGUGCCCCGGAUUGCCGAGCUGAAGGGCGACGCGGCGAGCCCCGUGCGGAAGCUCCUCGCCGAGUUAAUUGGUGACAUAGGGUUGAAUCAUAUGGAGUUUUUGCCUCACAUGAUUCCUUGUCUGCUAUGCUUUCUGAAGGAUGAAGCACCUGCAGUUACCCGACAAGCACUUAUAACUGGGAUUUCUCUAUUUCAGAGAGUGUUAGAAAAAAUUGUCAUUCAGGGCUUAUACUCAAGUGAAAUUGAGGAGUCAAUGAAAUCGUCAUGGGAAUGGAUGCUGAAGUUCAAAGGUGCUGUAUUAUCAAUAGCAAUCGAGCCUGGGAAUGAAGGAGUGAAGCUGCUGGCUGUGAAAUUCAUUGAAGUAAUGAUUCUUCUCUAUACCCCGGAUCCCAGCAUUUCUUCAGAUCCACCCCAGGAAGCUGGUGAUGGGUUGGGGUUCAACAUAUCAUGGCUAAGAGCAGGUCAUCCUCUGCUUGAUGUCGGAGAUUUAGCAAUGGAAGCCAGCCAGAGCCUGGGACUGUUGCUUGAACAGCUUAGAUCUCCACAAGUGAAAUCACUUAGUAAUUCAAUGAUUAUUGUGUUAAUUAACAGUCUCUCAGCUAUUGCUAGAAAAAGGCCUUCAUUUUAUGGACGCAUAUUGCCGGUUUUACUUUGUUUGGAUCCAUCACGUACUGUUAUAAAAGGAGUGCAGAUCCCAGGUGCGCACCAUGCUUUAAAGAAUGCCUUUCAGGCAUGUCUGCAAUGUACACAUUCAAGUGCUGAGCCGUGGCGUGUACGAUUGGUGGAAGCUCUGAGAGCUAUUAACAUUGGCGAUUUGGCAGAACAAACAGCUGCAGUUUCUGAGGAAGCUUUACCUCGAGAGGACAAUAAUAAUACAUCAUCACAAGCUUUCAAUGACUUGAACAAUGACAAUGGGCGUAAGAGACUUAUAUCAGAAGAAGUUACAGAUGUAUCUGAAGAUGAUGCUUUAUCCAGUAAAAGAGUUAGACAAACACCUCUUCUAGUUCAGGAAAGUACAGAAGAACCAAGUCGGGCAAUGUCCGAUUCAAUUCAGAAAGGGCCUUCUAAUGACGGAAAUUCUGGAGCUGUGCAUCAGCUUGUAAGUAUGUUUGGGGCAUUGGCUGCCCAAGGCCAGAAAGCUGCUGGGCCAUUAGGGAUUCUUAUCUCCAGUAUUUCCUCUGACUUGCUAGCGGAGGUAGUGAUCGCUAACAUGCGGAAUAUUCCACUGACUUGCCAUAAAGAAGAUGGAGGAGAACUUAUUCCUGGCAUGGCUGGUGAUAGUCUAAUGCAACUAUUUGCAGAUAUCUUUCCACUGUUGAAAAUUAAGACAUCAGUUUCCCAUGAUAAUUCUAAAAGCGAGCAGAGGGAAGAAGGUAGGGUAACAGCAACAGCUGAAACAACAUUAGUCUCCUCUUCUGUUGAUGCUGGUACUCCAAUAGUAUCUGCUGGUUUUCCUGCUGCUCUUUCGCCAGUUUCCCCUGCUACCGAGAAUGGCCAUUCAACCACUCCACUAACUAUAGAAACAAUUGAGAGUAAUAUACCUGGUCUUAAUUCUGCUAGUUCGUUUGAGGAAUCGAAAGAUGCUUCUCAUACUUCUACAGCAGAUCUGCAAGAAAUGAGUCAAGAGCAUGUUGGAAAUUUCAGUGAUAAAUUGACUUCUGAUAUUUCCUCAACUGGAAAUAUGGUCACGUAUCUUUCAGAAGCUCAGAGUCCAAGAAUAGCUACAGAUGCAAGUCAGCCGCCAACUACUGCUCCUAUUGUCCUUACUUCCCAACUUAUUCUGCCAAAGAUGUCAGUGACUAACAUUGACCUUAGUGAUGAAGCCAAAGAUAAUCUGCAGAAACUGGCAUUUGUGCGCAUCCUUGAAGCAUACAAGCAAGUAGCAGUUUCAGGUGGAUUUUAUGCCCGUCUUCCCUUGCUUGCUCACUUGGGAGCCGAGUUUCCUUUGGAAUUAGACCCAUGGGAUCUUCUACGAAAGCAUGUACUGUCUGAUUAUUUGAACCUCGAGGGGCACGAGUUAACAUUGCGUGUCCUAUACAGGUUAUAUAGGGAGACAGAGCAGGAUCAAGACUUCCUUUCAUCUAGAACUGCUACAUCAGUUUAUGAAACAUUUCUUCUAACUGUAGCAGAAACCCUUCGUGAUACAUUUCCAGCAUCUGAUAAAUCACUUGGUAGAUUGCUUUGUGAGGUGCCUUACCUACCUGAAGGCAUAUUGAAGCUUUUAGAGGGCUUAUGUUCUCCCAAGAGUAAUGUGAGGCAAGACAGAGAAUCGCAGAGUGGUGAUCGAGUUACCCAAGGUCUUAGUGCUGUAUGGAACUUGAUUGUUCAAAGACCUUCAAAUCGAGAUAGAUGCCUCCUGAUUGCUUUGCAGAGUGCAGUUCAUCCUGUGGAAGAAGUGCGGAUGAAGGCCAUACGUCUGGUAGCAAAUAAGCUGUUCCCGAUGGCAACCAUUUCUCAGAAGAUUGAGGACUUCGCUAAUGAAAAGCUUCGCUCGAUAGUAGAUGGUAUUCCUGCUUUGGAAGUUGAUAAUGUGGACGGAGCAAUUCAUGGGGUGCAAAAGGAUGCUGAUUCAGAAAAGUCUGGCAACGAAGAGCAACCUGUGCAUGGUGUUGCUAGCGAUGAACACAUUUCUGAUGGCCAAUUAGCUGAAAAUGCAAUAUCAUCUUCACUAGUGGAGGCUCAACGCUGCAUGUCUUUGUAUUUCGCACUUUGCACCAAAAAGCAUUCCCUUCUUCGGCAAAUUUUCACAAUUUACAAAAGCAUUCCAAAGGAUGGAAAACAGGCAGUCCAUCGACAAAUACCAAUACUUAUUCGUACAAUUGGCUCCUCACCGGAAGUAAUUAGUAUCGUCUUAGAUCCACCUGCUGGAAGUGAGAGUCUUCUCAUGCAGGUUCUACAGACGCUCGCUGAUGGAGCAGUUCCUUCGCAAGAUCUGAUUUCUUCCGUGAAGAAAUUAUACUAUUCCAAAAUGAAGGAUGUGGAGAUUCUUCUUCCUGUAUUGCCAUUCUUGUCCAAAGAUGCGAUUCUUCCUGUCUUCCCUAGCAUUGUAAAUCUUUCUCCAGAUAAGUUCCAAGUAGCCCUUGCUCGUUUGCUGCAGAGAUCACCACAUAAUAAUCCCCCUCUCACUCCUUCUGAAGUUUUAAUUGCUAUUCAUGGAAUAGAUCCCGAGAAAGACGGAAUACCUCUGAAAAAGGUUAUGGAUGCUUGCUCUGCUUGUUUUGAGCAGCGGCAGGUUUUCACCCAUCAGGUUCUGGCUAAGGUCUUGAAUCAGUUAGUUGAACAGAUACCUCUCCCAUUGUUAUUCAUGCGAACGGUUAUACAAGCAAUAGGUGCAUUCCCUUCCUUGGUAGACUUUGUAAUGGAGAUUAUGUCGCGGCUCAUAAGCAAGCAGAUAUGGAAAUAUCCAAAAUUAUGGGUGGGAUUCUUGAAAUGUGCCAUCCAGACAAAACCUCAGUCAUACAGUGUGCUCCUGCAGUUACCAGCUCCACAGCUAGAAAAUGCAUUGAACAGAAAUCCUGUGCUGAAGCCUCCCUUGAUUGAGCAUGCGAGCCAGCCAAGUAUACGUGCAGCUCUUCCAAGGUCCACUCUGGUGGUUUUGGGGCUCGUGCAAGAAUCACAAGCUUCUGGCCAGGCGCAGGCUAGCCAAAGCCAGGCUGCAGAAACUGGCAGUUCUGCUGCCGAUGGUGCACAAGAAGUUACCCAAGAAUCCGCUUCUGUCAGCUAAAAUCUUCUUUGUUCAGUGAUUUCGGAGGAUGCAAUGUGGUGUUAAACCAGAUGAGGGAUUUUGCUAUAAUUGCUGGCAGGCGUCUGUAUUUUAUCUGUAUUCUCUAGGAAAAAAACAUCUUCCCAAGUUGCUUGGUGGGGUUUACCUUCUCGGAAGAAUUUUUAGGUUGUAUACAACUAACAGUAGAAAAAUAUGAUUAGCCUAGCGACAUGUAAGUGUUAGUUGGAAACAGUAAGAAUUCCUUGGGCAAUUUUGGUCAUCGUUAGGUUUUGUAUAUAAGUACAAUGAAACAAUAAAUUCUAAGAAAAAGAAAAGGAACAUCCGGAGGAGGUGGGCAACGCUGUGCACUUAUCUUUUUAUUUUUCUCACUCUGGUUAAAAUGUGAUGGUGCUAAAUCUGAAUAUUAUUUAUGAGCUGUAAUCAUGUUGCUUGUAAAUCGUCCUACUGCGGGCUUUGGAUUUGAUCAGAAACACAAGGAAAUUGAUGGUACUUCCAUUAGGCCGAAGAAGUUUAAUGAGUUUCGCAAAAUGAUUACGUAUUGUUGAAACAUUGUACAUUCUGUUUAAUUCAUGAUUCGCGUAGUUGGUUUGA